GGGACCUAGUACUCAACGACACGAAAUACUCCGUACCGUUGUCUACGCGAGCUGUGGGUGAUCGUGCAGCUGAGAUUAAUAGUGCACUGCUGUGCCACUGUGAUUUUGUUCCUGCGUGUCUUUCCAGUGGCAGCUCUGCAGGGGUAGCUACAAUCGAGUCCGACGGCUGCCUGCAGCCCAACUCGAUAGUUCACGCAAGGGUUUCGUCUCAACAAAUCCAUUUACCAGCAUGAUCUCAGGACAGGGCACGGAGUAUAGGAGAUGAGCAGGCGGCGGCGAGAGGAUAAAUAGCUGCUUGUAUCCUCCCUUCCCAUCGAAUUUCUCACCCAGCACAAGUCAGCUUCAAGUCUCUCUCUUACACUCCCUCCAGUCUUUCAGACCAAUCACGCUCCCUUGCCAGUUUAUUAAUCUAAUUAAUAAUUCUAAUCCACCCUUAACAAGUCAAAAUGAAGUUCAUCCUUGCCGCUCUUGCCCUUGCCGCCUCCGUCGUGGCCCUGCCCAGCACCCCUUCGACCGCCACCAACAGCGGCAACGACCAGGGCAACGGCAGCGCCGAUGUGCGCUUCCCCAUCAAGGACAACAAGAUGACCGUCCAGCAGGCCCAGACCACCUGUGGCAGCCAGGCCUCGGUGGAGUGCUGCAACAAGGCCACCUACGCCGGGGACACCACCAGCUUCGACUACGGUCUCCUCGACGGCACCCUGAGCAGCCUCAUUGGCUCCGGCUCCGGUGCUCAGGGUCUGGGUCUCUUCAGCCAGUGCUCUUCUCUUGACGCCACCGUCAUCGGUGCCGACCAACUGCUCAACCAGAAGUGCAACCAGAACGUUGUCUGCUGCCAGAACUCCGGCGCUACUGCUAACAACGAUCUCGUCGGCGUCGCCGUUCCCUGCGUCGCCCUCGGCUCUGUCCUGUAAGCGCGUUAGCUUUCCACGAGUUAAUGCCGGAUGGUACGUCGUACAUAUGUACAUGACAAUGGCAAUGUACAGCUGAGCCCUCUCGUGUGGGAGGGGAUGUUCGCAAUGGUUUACCUGGUUCAGCGGUUACCUGUCUCUCCUUCUUUUUCUGUUCCUUC